CUCCGAGUCCAUGCGACUCGGGCAACAUGCCGCUCAGGAAUUGACUUCACAUGCCCUCGGAACUUCCAUUGUGACAACAUUCGGGCUCUUGUGGCCAGUCUCUGUGCGUGCAACCCAGGAACUCUGCCAUGUGGACCGGACUCACCUGAGCGGACUCCGGGUUCGGUCACACUGCCCUCCGGAACUUCUUUUAGAGGAUAUUGACCGGCUUCUGAGCCAAAAUGCGUCACGUUUGGACCAGCUACUUUUUGUCCGUUGUCAGCUUGUGCAACGUUGUCUUCGGGAGUCCAAACAAAUGUGACGAAGUGCGCAAAGUUUACCAACUUAGACAAAUCGGACCAAUUCAGCUGCUGCCUUUGAGUCCGAGACCAGGCUCGGACCUCCUGGUGUGCACGACCAAGAACCAGUCCUGCUGCACCAAAAAGAUGGAGGAGAAGUACCAGUUGGCCGCGAGACGGGACAUCCAGAACCUCCUUCAGACUUCCAGCUCGAGCCUAAAAUUUCUCAUCUCUCGCCAUGUGGCGGCUUUUCAAGAGAUCUUCGAGGUUCUGAUGCGACAGGCGGAGAACCACACCAACGCUCUGCUCCAGGACUCCUACACCAGCAUGGCUAACCAGGCCGCUGGACCUGUGCGAGAGCUCUUCACUGACAUCGGCCUCUUCCUGUUGGGCUCUGAGCUCAACGUGGACGAGCUGGUGCAGCGUUUUUUUGAUGCUCUCUUCCCGUUGGUCUACAGCCACCUCAUCCAGCCGGGGGCCGGUGACGUUUCCUCAAGUUACGCUGAGUGUGUAAGGGCUUCCACUCGGAUUAUAAAACCCUUCGGUUCCACGCCGAGCAUAUUGGCUCAUCAGAUCACUCGAUCUGGUGUGUCUGGGAAGCUUGUCCUUCAAGCUCUGCACCUGGGCAUCGAGGUGAUCAACACAACAGAUCAUCUUCAGCUGAGCCGGGAGUGCAGACGCGCCCUGUUGAAGAUGCACUACUGUCCACACUGUCAGGGUCUAACCCAGUCACGGCCGUGCAUGGGCUACUGCCUGAAUGUGAUGCGCGGGUGUCUGGCCAGCAUGGCGGAGAUUGAUGCGCACUGGAGGGAGUUUGUCCACUCGCUGGAGAGACUGUCUGCUCAGAUGCACGGACCUCAGGAUCUGGAGCAGGUUCUUCUGGGACUUCAUGUUCUGCUGCAUGAUGCUUUCGGAUAUGCUCAACGGAAUGGACCACGUCUUUCAACUCAGGUGCCCAAACUGUGCGGUUCAGUGAGCAGGAAGCCUGGACAGUCCAUCAGCGUCCAGCGUAGCAGCACCAGGGGCCGCAAAGAUUCUCUCCCUCUCAGAGCUCCUGUCAGACUGUCAGGGGAUUCGCUGGCUGUCAAGAGACGUGACUUUUUGAAUGGCCUGCGUCUCUUCCUGACUUAUUAUGGAGGUCUGGCAGAUCAACUAUGUAUGAGCGAGCUGGCAUCCAGUGAUGGGCUGUCCUGCUGGAACGGAACCAAUAUGGUGAAAAGCUACACUCUGCGUGUGGUCGGAAACGGGAUCAAAGCUCAGGCUGCCAACCCCGAAGUCAAAGUGAAGGGCGGCGAUGUUGUGAUAAGUCAACUCAUAGACAAACUCAAACACAUCAAUCAGCUUCUGCAAGGGAAGUCCAUUCCCAAACUGGGAACGCUGGACCAGAUCGAAACAGGCAGUGGAGACUUGGAUGGGUGGUUCAGCGGUGACUGCGAUGAUGAGGAUGGGUGCGGCGGUUCAGGUGGUGGCGACAUCAUGAACAGAGUCUUGAGCGUUUCCAAAGUGACUCCUGAAGUGAAAGGUGAUCACAACCACCGCCGUCAACAUCCACCUGCCAACGAUUCCGGACUCAGUAACCCAUCCAGAGGCCUCAGACUGACUGUAUCCGUGGCCGUCUUCAUCAUACCCUGGUUACUUAUACUCCUGGCCUUGUAAAAGCUGCCUUUUUUUUCCCGCCAUUGAACUUUCAAGACCUGGCUUGUAGCUCUUAUUUAUCAGGAAGCACAGCGGCCAGUGGAAAUAACAAGCUUGAAUAUGUAAUGGCGAACACCACCUCCAUACGGUGAAGGGCACCGGCCCUCCACAUACAAGACUGUCUGGGAAGUUCAUGACACAUGCUGGGGUGGAAAGCAAACUAACAUUUGUGAAUAUAAUUAGAAUAUUUUUACAGUGUCUUGUGUCAAUAUCGAUUCAUUCAAAUACUUUAUUUAUAACAAAAAUAUCUUGAUGCAUUUUUCUAAUGAAAAACUGAAUAAUAUAUGAUGACAGAUUUAUGACGAUUUAUGAUUUCAAGGCUUUUAAAUUGAAUGGAAUGUGUGUUUUGACUGUGGUGGAUGAGGCCAAAAAAGUUGGUGCCAUUGUGUUGUUUUGGCAUCAAAAUCAGAGAUGCAAAGUCCAUCCGUUUUUUAGCAUAAAUCAAUAUUGUGGCCACCUCUCAAAAUUGUGAUGGAAAUUUUCAAUUCAAACUUGUUUUGCUCUUAUUUUCAAGCACUUUUGUCAAGAAACCGGAAGUCAGAAUGAAGGCACGUUUACUUAACCUUUGGGUAGUGAGUCGCUCACCAAAGAGAAAAGAAUGAAGAGUGAAAAAUUAUCUUCAAAGUCAAAAUUCUGGAAAACGUGGACACGCCCAAGGUUACAUGUCAAUUUCCAGAGAUGAUUAUAUUCCUGUGUCCAACCUAUGCACAGUAGCUAACCAUGACAGCAACAUUAUCCAUCACAUUCCAAUGGAUAGUUCAUAAGGAGGAUAGAAAACCUCGAUCAACCUCCAAAUGAAUUGAAGGUGACCUGCUGACAUAAGGCGUGUUGUCAUCUGAAUAACCCCUUGGCACUGGACCCAGUGGGGUGCCAUUUCUGACAAGACAGAUCGGAGUUCAGUCCGUCUGGGCAACACUUCCUCACUCCCAUGGUGCAAUAUAAUGACGCUGGGAUGUGGACUUUUUCAUGUUGAGUAGUUAAUGGUUGCUCCACAACACAUCACAUUAAAAAAACAACAAAAAACUGAGGAUGAAUCAGAAUCAGAAUCAGAAUGAGAUUUAUUGCCAUGGUCAGUGGGGAGCCCACUGACUAGGAAAGUGUCUUGAAAUAAAGUGCAACAAAAAACAAAUAAAAUAAAAUAAAAUAAAAUAAAAUAAAUAGAAUAACAACAUAAUAACAACAAGGCUGUUCACGAAUUUAACAGUCUGAUGGCUGAGGGGAAGAAGCUGUUCCUGUGACGGGAGGUUCUGGUCUGGAUGGACCGCAGCCUCCUGCCAGAGGGAAGAGGAACAAACAGUCCAUGUCCAGGGUGAGAGGGGUCGGAUGGGGUGAGAUAAGCAUGUCACGUCAUGUGACUUCAGGAAGGAGAGCAAGGAAAGGCAAUUGACAUCUAACUAUUUCCGUAUGCUGCACAGAAAGGAAAGCUUUUACCCCAUUGCAACACCUAUGUGUCAACAUGCAACGGUCACCAUAUGCAAAAGUCAAUGUAUUACACCAGGGGUCACCAACCGGGAGCUACACCAAGGGCACUGUGUGAACCGCAGGGCUUCCCUCAGUUCAGUACGCACUUCUGAAAUCGGGGAUAUAUGAUGAAUGAAUGAUAUUCCUUGUCUCAUUGCUGAGUUUUCACAAUCAUUGCCAAUGGUGUAACAGAAAAAGAAAAAUCCAAAAUAAAAUUAAACAUAACAAGAUGGUUAUUACAUGAAAAUGUAUAAAUUAUUAUUAUUAUUAUUUUUUCUCCCUUGUUCUCUGGGGGCCACCUGGUGCCCAUGUUGGUGACCCCUGUGUUACAUUAUGGGAGUGAGGAUGGGUUGUUUUAAGAGACGGGCGGAUGAGACAGAAGAGCGGAUAUUGGUAAUAUGGUCCCUUCAGUCAAGGAUAUUUUGGGAUUGCUUCACUAUUCCUGGAACUGCGUCACUUGAUUGAGUCAAUGUUUUUCAUGAAAUCUGAUGAUUACCAAACAAUUUGAGGACACAGUGCUGUUCUUCAAAUCUGAAAGUCGUUUUGCCAGUAGCCAGAGUAGCUUUUAUUUCUAGAAGGUCUGCUCCAGAAUGUUGCGUCAAGUGUUCCACUAAUGUGGCCUGGGGUGUGUAUUGUGCUAAGCUGUUUGAAGUUGGCUUUUCUCAGUUACUGUGUUUCUCCAAUAUGAGUGGGGAAAAAAAGUGACAAUUUUCUGUGUGGCAUUUUGUGUCAGAGAAGCAAGAUAUAUUGCUAAUAUUUUUGGCCACAACGGUACAUGCUUGAUCAAACUGGAGAGAGCUGGCAUCAAACAGACGGUAUGAUCUGUUUGAAUCGAAACAAAAAUCCUUGAUCCUGAUGUCAUUUUCACACAGCAGGUUUUAACUCCUUCGAUUGUGUUUACUCUUGUGAAAUCAUCACAUUCCAGUUGGUUAUAUCUCAGCCAAGCCUGAGCGUAGUUGCCUUAAGCCUAUAAGGACCUAUCUUCAUGUUUUUCUCAUUAUUAUAAAAAUCUCUGUCAAGUGAAAAAUCGACUGACAUCUAAUGUCAGUGGCAGUGGACAUCAAUACUAUGUUGUUUAAAUUGUAAAUAAAGA